CAUAACGGGGGUAGCCGCUCUCUGCUUGCACAGCGUAAAUAAACUAAAAGGUUUAUUGUAUUACUUUUUAAAGGUUGUAGUCAUUAAAACAAACAUGAAUUCAGUAGUUUAACAUUUGAAGGUGAUAUUUCGGGAGUAUGGAGGCGGGAGGCUCAAAGAAAAUGCGACCCAGGGAGCUGCCUCCUCUUCCUCAGCGAGGACAACGAGCACUUCCAACAAUGCCAAGUCAAGACACAGCUGGAGAAGUGGCGGUAGGAAAACAUAAGAAGAAGAGGCUGAGAAAAGAGGCGAAUGGAGUCGAUGAUAUGGACGAUCAGGGGAUGGAGAUGGGCAGCAGGAGGGUGUCUGCGGUCGGGGAGCAGCUCACAUUUGAAACCACGAGCGACCCGCCUCCACAGAGGAGGAGGAGGAAAAAGAAAAGUGCCACUAUAGAUCUUGAAGACGACCAAGCCGAACUGGUGAACGGAGAUGCAGUCGAUCAGACCACCGACGGAGAAGAAGUAGUUAAAAAAAGCAAAAAGAAGAAGAAGGCGAGAGUCAUCGAAACGCCGCAGCUUCCCGACGAGUUGGACGUAGAGGAGGAUGACAUCAUCACCGACACACUGCCUCCGAUCCCCCAGCAUUCCUUGUUCACGGCGCCGCAGGGCCAGAGUCAGCCGGUCGGGAAGGUUUUUGUCGAGAGGAACAAGCGUUUCCAGGCAGCCGAGCGCUCAGAGUGGAGGAAGACUAGCGACCAGAUGGAAAACCUACCAGAACUCCAGCACAUUCAUCCGCUCUGGACCACCAGAGACGUUUCUCUCAGGGUGCACGAAGGCUUCAGGGUGUUGGGUCUGUACUGUCACGGCUUCCUGGCGGGUUACGCCGUGUGGAACAUCGUGGUGGUUUACAUGUUAGCCGGUCAGCACCUCACCUCUCUGUCCAACCUGCUGGAGCAGUAUCACAGCAUGGCGUACCCCUCCCAGUCUCUGCUCUACAUGCUGCUGGCCAUCAGCACGGUGGCCGCCUUCGACAGAGUGAACAUGGCCAAAAGCUCCAUAGCUCUGCGGGAGUUUAUCACGCUGGAUCCCGUCGCUAUCGCCUCAUUCUUGUAUUUCUCAGCGUUGGUCCUCUCCCUCAGCCAGCAGAUGACCAGCGAUCAUAUCAACCUCUACCCGGACUUCAACACGACAUUAUGGCCUCCAGGGUCAGAGCACCAGAUUCUCCACCCCUGGGUGACGGUCAAUCUUGUGGUGGCUCUGCUCGUUGGCCUGGCCUGGAUCUUCAUCGCCUCCCGACCCGAGAUCGACUACACUGAGUGUUAUCUGAUGGCGAUGGAGAUCGAGCUUCCGAAACCAGAGGACAAAUCCGAGAUGAUGGCCUGAGGAUCAGUUACAGCAUAUCUGCUCUGAGACACAUUUUGCACAUAUAUUAUACACACUAUUUUUUUGCACUGUAUUUUAACAGUGAAAUCUGAAUGUUUUGUAGAUUAUUUUUGUAUUUUUUUGAAAUGUGUGUGCUCGUCUUUAUAAAUACAGGGUUUUAUCCAACAAAUC